AAUUUGCCACAGAGAACAGCACCAACCUUAAAACGUCACUCAGCUCAGGCGUAAAAUCAUGGGUCUCGGAGCCCUACGAUCCAUAAUUCGACCCGUAUCGCGGACUCUCUUGUCAACCCGUACAACCUUUGCUCUUGCUCCCCAACGAAUCGCGGCCAUCUUCUCUCCCUUUCCGGCAUCUGAGCUCCAUUUCCGCCACCACUUGGGCCCCUUCCACCGGAAUCUUCCAUUCAAUCCUUCAUCUUCCGCUUUCCACAGCUUAACGGACACCCGAUACCCCAAACGACGCCCCAGUGACAAGCCUCGUCGUAAAAGAGCUCAAUUAAAACCCCCAGGGCCUUAUGCUUGGGUGAAAUAUGUACCUGGAGAGCCAAUAGCUGCAAAACAACCCAAUGAAGGAAGUGUGAAGCGAAGAAAUGAGAAAAAGCGGAUUAAGCUGCACCGUGCGUUCAUACUGGCUGAAAAGAAGAAGCGUAAAGCUCAGUUACAAGAGGCCAAAAGAAAGAAAAUGAUAAAGAGGGUGGAGCGGAAAAUGGCUGCAGUAGCAAGGGAAAGAGCAUGGGCACAAAGGUUGGUAGAGCUUCAGCAGAUUGAGGAAGAGAAGAAGGCAGCAAUGGCUUGACAUUUUUUGGUUGCAAUUCUAGCAUUUUGUAGUUUUUGUGCCGGGAAGAAGAUAAAAGUUGAAAUUGCUUUUAUCAGUGUAAGCUUUACUUUACAUACUACCUACUCUAGUUGUGGUUCAUGACUCCUUUAUUUUGACAUCUGUUGUCCUUUUCUUUCUUUUUACCCUUGUUUUGGAUUUUCAACAGCUAGUACAAGCUCUUAUUCAUAAUUCAAAGAGCAUGUUGCUCGUCAUC